AUGAACGGCCAAGGAGCCGGCGGAUUUGGCGGCGGGAGAAUGGGCGGAGGUGUAGCUGGGGGCGGCGGAGGAGCAGGAGGGGGAAUGCCGGGAGGGCAGGAGAAUAAUAGUACGCUCUCGCAGAUUGUGCUACACGAGCUCAAGUCGAAAUGGAACCCGCAGGGGUGGCAGCAGGAGAUGACGCCCAAUGAGCGUGCGAAUAUUAUCCUUCAAAUCGCCUCGUCAUUACGACUGGUACGGACCGAAGUAGAGCAAGAACAGGCUAUAAAGAUCGCAACAACCUUCGAACAGGCAACAUAUGAUAAAGCAGUAGAUAAGGAAGACUACCGAAUACAGUGCCGAUCAAAACUUCUCCAGAUCCGCGAAUCGAGACGGAGACAGAUGGCUGCCGAAGAACUGAAGAUGCGAAACAACCAGCCAGGGAUGCCAUUUAAUCCUCUGCAAAAGAUUCCGGGCAUACCAGAUGGACAGCAGUUGACCAUUCAGCAGCAGCAGCAGAUCCUACAGCAGCGUCAGCAGCAGGCCCAGCAACAGCAAGCCCAACAAGCCCAGCAACUUCACCAACAGCAGCAGGGCCACAGCCUCCAGCAGCAGCAGCAGCUUCAGCAGCUCCAGCAGCAACAGGCCCAGCAGCAACAACAGAUCCAGCAGCAGAUCCAGCAACAGCAACAGGUGCAGCAACAGCAGCAGCUGCAGUUGCAGCAAGUUCAGCAACAGCAGCAACAGGGCAUGAUGCUUGGGCUGCAGCAGCAGCAGCAGCAACAUCAGCAGCAGCAGCGCCCCCCAAUUAAUCCUCAACUGGCAGACCAGAAUCGCAUAAUAAGCAACUUGAUGUCCUCAAUAGCCCAGAAGGUGGGUACGGCCAUGUUAUCAAAUAUGAACCAAAACCCGAAUCCGGACAUCCGAGAGCUUGCCGCAAAGUGGAAUAUGGAGCCAGCGCAGGCUUUUCUGAGGCAGCAGGCCGUGAAUCUCUAUAGGCAGAAAAUGUUGCAGGAUCGACAGCAGCAACAACAGCAACAGCAACAGCAGAUGGCCCAAGGUGCCGCAGGGCAACAGGCCCGGCCAAUGCCCGCCAAUCUUAUGCCUGGGGGGGUAUCGCAAGUGAUGAGGAAUCCAUCCCUCCUUACCACUGCAGAAAGUUAUCAAGCCCAACAGGCCGACGCAAAGCAGAGGGCGGAUACCGGUGAUGAAGUUGUUCCGGUCUCACAAAACAAUCCCCAGUUUCCUGCUGGUCCUGGUAUGAGAAAUUCUAGUCCGCAGACACAGGUGCAGGCGCAGGCACAGGCAGAGCAACUAAGACGGAAUGCUGCAAUGCAAAAUGCCCGCUUACAGGCUGCGCAGUUUCAAGGUUCUCCGGGACAAACGCUCCAGAACGUGGGUGUGGGUGUGGGACAAGCAGCGAAGGCUCCUAGUGCGUCCCCAAACCAGGGCAACGCGCCUGGCCUUCAGCGCACACCUAACCCAGCCGCCCAGCAACCAGGCCAUCCGCAACAGUUUCCCAUGCAGCCACUUAUGAACCAGCAACGGCCUCCUAUGGUUGGUCCAGGAGCUAUUCCCGAAGGUAAAUCCACCGAAGCACUUGCACUUAUUAAAGCAAAGUAUCAGGAACAUCUUAACCAGCGAGAAGGUGGAAAAGCCCAGCAGCCCAACUUUCAGCCACCGGUCGGUGCCAUGUCGCGACCAGGUCAACCAGCUCAACAAAUGCCAGGAUCCCAGCCUCAGAUGCAACAAAUGGCACAAAACCCUACGCAGCAAGGGCCGGCUCAACAGCCAACUGGUGUUCCGCCUGCAGCGAAUGCGCAGGCUAAGGUCCCAGGCAUACCAGUUCUCAAUCCGGAUAUGGUUUUGACCGAUGAGCGGGUGGCUCUCAUGGAUACCAAGCCGUUUCCAAGGCCCAUGUUGGGACAGCUAGGCAACACAAUCCCUGCACAGUACACAACAUGGGGUCAAGUCAAAAAUUAUCUCACGAUGGCCAAUGCUCCUCCACAUUAUAUUGAGUCUAUACGGACGAAGCAAGCUCAUCACUACCAGAUGAUAGUCAGAGCCCAGAUGGUAAAGAGACUACAACAACAGCAGCAGCAGGCUCAAGGUGCUUCUCAGCAGCAGCCGGGCCAGCAGCAGGUCCCACAGCAGGCCCAGCAACAGGCCCAGCAGCAGGCCCAGCAGCAGGCCCAGCAGCAAGCCCAACAAGCCCAGCAAGCCCAGCAAGCCCAACACGCCCAGUUUCAACUUCAACAACAACAACUUCAACAACAACAGCUCCAGCAGCAACAGCUUCAGCAGCAGCAGCAAGCGCAGAAGCAACACGUGCAGCAGCAAAUUCAGGCGCAACAGGCACAGAUGCAAGCCCACAUCCAGGCACAGAUGCGGCAGCAACAACAGCAGCAACAGCAACAGCAGCAACAGCAACAGCAGCAACAGCAACAGCAGCAACAGCAGCUUCCUAUAUCUCAGCCUCCUCAAUCCCAGGGCGCCCCUACUGUUCCAGCUGUUGUGCAAAAGCCUUCUGCCCCACAUCCAGCGGGCCAAACUCCUGGCCAGAACCCACUCGCCGGUAUGACGAUGGCCCAAUUUCAGCAACUCCAAUUAUUGGCUCAGCAAGGAAAACUCAGCCCUCAGCAAAGCCAACAGCUUUUUGCCAUCAGACAACAUCAGGAACGUAGGAUGAUGGCACAAAGGGCGGCGGCGGCGCAGCAGAAUGCUGCUCCCCAGGUGCCUGCUCCACAACCACCUGCUGUUGCUCGACCUAUGCAAUCAGCCGGUUCUGACUCGCCGUCAGCUGCAAAGAAGUUGAAAAGGGAAAGGGAUACGAGCGAAGAAGUUGUUCUUCUUGAUCAACGACCGGCGCCGCAACAGAGUAACCAACAACUUCCUGUUGCACGUACAGUUCAGCAGUCCCCCCAACAGUCACAGUUUGCAAACAAGGCAAUACAGGGACAGAGACCAAACGCUGCCCCUUCGUCAACACAGCAAUCUCCCACUGUAAAACAGAAUCCUGAUCAACAGCAGUUAGAUGCGAAGCAUGCUAUGGAGCAGAAAAAUAUGAUCGCCUAUCUUACGAAAAUGCUCAUGGAUGAAAGGGGUAGUCACGAGGGCCGGCCGAUACUACAACUUCAGAAAGAGGAGAAGGAAUGCCUUCGCCAACAGCUGUGCGAAGUAAAUACAAAGAGCAUGAUACAGCGUAUGACGCAGUUGCUGCCGAUGUUUGUUUUGUUGGGUGGAAAAGCUGUUGACACGAGGUCGCUGAUUCGAACGAAAAACUUGCUUACAUCGCAAUAUCAACAAAACGGGGAGCCUAAAGAAGCUUUUACCAUCAACAUGGCACAAUUGGCCGAAGCGAGGGCGUCUUUGGCUAAGUGUUUUGGUUUCGUGAAACAGAACAUGGCGCAAUUGGCGAGCAGGGACGAGAAAAAGGCAAAGGAUCUUCAGCUUGAGGCACAUCGAUUUACUAUUCCUAAUUUGAUGAUGGCUGGACCUGGACCUCGUAUAUCUACUCCUCAACAGCAACAGGCCCAGCUGGCUCAACAGGUCCAACAACAACAGCAAGCCCAGCAGCAAGCCCAGCAACAGGCCCAACAGCAGGCCCAACAGCAGGCCCAGCAACAAGCUCAGCAGCAGGCCCAGCAGCAGGCCCAGCAGCAGGCCCAGCAGCAGGCCCAGCAACAGGCUCAGCAACAAGCUCAACAACAAGCCCAGCAACACGCUCAGCAACUGCAGCUUCAACAACUCCAGCAACAGCGACAGCUACAGCAACAGCAACAGCAACAGCAACAGUUGCAGCAGCAGCAAAGGCAGCAACAGCAGGCUCAGCAACAGGCUCAGCAGCAACAGCAGCAGCCGGCCCAUCCUCAGCCACAAAUGCAGGCCCGGGCGCAGCUUCAGGUUCCCAACCCCCAGUCCCCGCCGAACCCCCUCAGUGCUAGCAACCUCGAGCAACACACCCAGAAGUUGGCGCUAGAAAGAUCGCGAUCUAUCCAAUCGCAGAAAACACAACAGAUAACCGGGCAAGCCAAUCCACUAGGAUCAAUGUCACCAGACGGAAGCCCGCCGACAAUGAUUCCAGGAAAGUUUGGUCCUGAAGAUCUGAAGCUUCCUAUCCGAAAGAAGAGACAGCGAGAGGUUGAGCCAGAGGCCAUAAAGGUGAAAGAAGCCCCGAAGUUGCUUCACAAAUGUCCCAUGGUGAAUUGCGGUAGUGGUGUGAAGGAAUUCGAAACAAAGGAAGAGCUGGAAGAACACCAGAAGUGGCAUGAAAGGGAAAGGCAAAGAUUAGUGGAGGAAGAGAGAAGGAACAAGCAUAAGAUCGAGAACCCACUAGAUUACCUUUUGAGCUCGGCCCGGGAAGCUUUAUGUCUCGAUAGCGAUGGAAAGCCUAAAGGAAGACCUGAUGAAAUCAUGAAGGAUGAUAUGCCGGCGAAAGCUGUUUCAACGCCGCAGAUCAAGCCUGGGUCGACACCGCUUCUUAGCACAACGCCCAUUAAUAGAGGUUCCGGGCUCACUCCUGCUCCUGCAAGGUCUCCAGCCGCGCUCAAGACGCCACAAUUGUCGAACGCCAAGACGCCGGGCGGGAAAUCCACCCCGAAUUCCAAAUCUCAGUUGAAGGAGGAGAAUGCAAACGAACAACUUCCCACUCCCCCAAGCACCAAUGCAUGGGAGAGCUCGUCUAUGUCUCCAGAUGUGAUAAGGCAGUGCUUUGAAGGUGUCCGAGAGGGAGUUUUAUAUCUGUCGACUAUGAACCCUGCCAUCGUUACCCCCGCAUACACCCCGGGGUCGUCUGGUCCUGAAGGUUUUGAGGGAGUUAUUGAAAGCAUGGGUGGAAGUCUUGAGGAUUGGAACCACUUUGGGGACGGGGGCAAUAUGGUAGACGAUUUGUUGCAGGAAGUGGAGUGGGAUAAUGAUCCGUCUUUUAGUAGUUCCGAUUUGGGUGGUAGGAACUGGGCUAUGGCGUAUGGGUUUGAACUGAGGGUUUAA